AGCAGCAGUGACAUUUUCCAGCCAUCCCCACAUGAAAGCCAGUGGAAAGGGUGAUGAGGGAUUUCCGCUCCGUGACCUCGCCCUGCAGUGGGACAGUCACCACACUGCCUCUGGCAUUCUUUCUAUGAAGCACUGCAGUGACAGCCGAAGUUGCUUUCCAGAAGUCAUCUCAUCAUCUGACAGCAUCCAAUACCUUAACUUUCCUUAGCACAGGAGACAAACUACCUUGAAUUUCCUACUUUUCUGAGUUUUCCAAGCUGGUGACAAUGGCAAAUGAUCUUGGAGUUACCUCAGCAGUGUCUUUCAUCUGGGUUAUGAUGUUCCUGGCUCAAAAUUACUUUGUAACAGGUUCCAUUAAUUCACCUUGCAGGAUCAAGGGUAUAGGAAUUUAUCUUGAUCAGAAAGCGAAUUUUUCAGAAGCAAGUAAAGGAUGUAAUUCAUUCAACCUAGAGUUGGCAAGUAAAAUACAAGUUGAAGAGGCUUUGAAACAUGGCUUUGAAACAUGCAACUAUGGAUGGGUGAAAGAUGGAUUUGCUGUUAUUCCUCGGAUAACAUCCAACCAGAAAUGUGGUCAGGGAAAAACUGGAAUAGCACAAUGGAAUGCUGGCAAGGAUAAAAAAUUUCAUCUCUACUGUUUCAAUUCCUCAGAUGUCCAGAUUAAUUCAUGUCAACCAGACCCAACUACAACCUCAUUUCCUUUAUCAACUGCAUCAAGGGACUUAGCUGCAUAUUCAGCCUCUGAUUUGACUGAGAAUAUCACAACAGUGCCCAUUGAGACUGUGACUGAGUCAGAACAAUUCCUGAAAAAGAGAUUUCGUGUCGUAUGUGUGACUGAAACACUCUUACCAACAGAGGGGCCCACCACACCAAUGCCAGAGGAGCACUCGCCCACUGACUCUCCCAAGCACACUCCCCACCUGGCCUUUAAGAAUGAUGCUGUUGUUUUUGGAGGUAUCCCCACGGCACUUCUUGUACUGGCAAUCAUCUUCUUCAUUAUUUCUGUUGUUCUAGCAGUCUGUUAUAUCAAAAAGUACAAGAAAACCUUACCAUUUUUAAACAAGAAUCAGCAAAAAGAAACCGUUGUAACUACUGCUCUGAAAGAGACAAAAUCAAAUGACCAAACACCUGAGAAGGAAACACAGAAUAAUGGAAAUAAGAUAGAAGAGUGUAAAACUAAGCCUGAGGCCACAGUAAAAUGUCUAGAAGCAGAAGUUUAAAGGGAAGAAUGUACAGUUCUUGAUGGAAGUAUAAAAUAAAGCAUACAGAACUUAGUGCUUUUAAACAUAAGUGAUUGUAAAUACUCAUAUUUUCUCUAUCUUUAACAUGUGAAACCUUGGUUUUUUAAUAAUUACAUCUUUGGCAACAAAUAUUCUUGCAGAGGAACAUCUUAUUUACUUGAAAUAAAUUCUACAAAUCCAUAUUACAGCUCAUUUUUCAUCUUUAAUAAAGAAGCAAUUAGAAAUAUGCUAUUAACAACAUGCACUACAUUAACUAUUUGCAUGGACUUCAGAUCAAUAUAUAACAAAAAGGUUUUUAUAUCUGGCUGGAGGAUGUCUGCUAGCCUAGUGCCUAAAAUAAAAUGCUGACACUGUAGUUCUUUCUCAUGUAGAUUAGCUUAUUUCCAUUCAGUAGUUGCAUGCUGCUUUAAAAAUGUCUGUUUACAAACAGAAGAAACAGUUCUGUUUACAAGGGAGUAAAAACUCAAAGGAUUAACCCACUGUCAUUCAAAUGCCCAAAGAAGGGUACAAAGAUGCUGAUAUAUAUAUAUAUAUACACACAGCAAUGAAUAACUUACUUAGAUACCUUCAUUGUACCAUAAUUUACUGUUUUAUUUAUUGAAACCAUUAUUAUUCUUCCACAUGAGAUAUUUGACAGAGGGGGACAAAAAAUCCUUGAACAAGACUUAUAAUGGAGAUCUUUUGUGUGUAUUUAAGUGUGGCUUUCAUAAUAAAGGUCUCAGGUGAUAUGGGAUGUCUGUGGUGCUCCCUAAAAAAUAAACUGUGGUGGAUAUGUUUGUCUGGACAAUUUAUUCUCAUGAAAACUGUCUCGUGGUAAAAGGAAUUCAUAGAACCAUAAUGUUACAGAAGUAGUUAGUUGUUAUAACAGCAUUAGCAGUUUAUCAAAUAUUUUCCUGAAUAAAGAAUUUCGAUAACUUAUCUUUAUGUUUGAAGGAGGUUGUUAUGCCAAAGAAAGACUUCUUUCCUCCAUCAGGCAGCUUUAAAAACAUAGUCUUAGAUGAUAAUAAAUAAUAAUAAUUUUUUAAAUAGCAAUAGAACUGGUCACCUAUAUUGUGUUUUCAACAGUGUAGGAUACUGGACUACAAACUUGGAUAUUUUUCGUUCACAUAAUUUUUAAAAUGCCCAGUGUUUAUACAUUCCACUAGUAAUGAUUUAUAGUGUAGUUCUAGCAUUGUACUUAAGAGAUUCCCUGGGUUGUUUUUUGUUUUCUUGCCUUUUUUUUUUUUUUUUUUUUUGAUAGUUCAGAAAUAUUUUAUGGCUCCAAGUGAUUCAGUACAGCUCUAAAAACUGCUCAUUUCAGAUGUCCAUCAGCAGAAUUUUAGCAGAAAAAUGUGCAACAGAGAACAGCACUAGACACAGCUUUCCCAGCCAGUUAAGUAACUCCUCUCCUUGCAAAAUAUCACAAUAACACCUUGUGUCCUGAAUGGAAUUGCUCUGUGAGGAGCAGACAGCACAAGAAAGGCCAUCAGGAAGAGCCACAGCCACCAGCCAUGAAGGUGCCAGAGUAGCAAACAGGCCUAAGGACACAGGCAAACAUAGUGGAUUCCAGGUAGUUUAGGAAUUUUUUUAAUCUCCCUUCUGCCUCUCUUUUCCAUGUUUUAGAUAUUAGAAAUUACCUGUUUCUCUAUUCUUUUCCCUACAGCCAAGAGAUAAUGUUGCUUCUGUUUCAGAGCUAAAUAAGGCUGCUUUUUUCCCCUGAGUUGUUUAAUUGCUAAAAAAAAAAAAAUUAUCCUGUUUUAAUAAGAUAUUGCCUUAACCUCUAAGUGUCUUAUUUUAUCAUGUACCUUAAAAACUCAGCAUUCAUCCCACUGCUACCUGACCAAUGCACAUGGUUUGAUCUGCCCUCCAUUUCACUACCCAAUUUAUGCCAACACCACAAUGGCUAAAGGAGCUGUUACACUGCUGUGUAUGGAAUAAAGGCAGCUCUAAGUACUAAUCAAAAAGGACUCUAUUUGAUAUUGCUCUAUGCAGUUAGCACAACUCAGUCACAUUGGAAUUGGAAAGUACAAAACAUUCCUGCUCAUUGUUUAAUGGAAUUGCAAGGGAUGCACUACUACAAUGCAAACAGGAAGCAUUUAUUUAAGUACCUAGACCAAGAGUGUCAAACACCAAACCCUUAACUAGAGGUAGCAGAAACUUAAGAGAAAUUCUUCAUUAUGUUUCUGAU